UUUAUAUAUACAUUCGCCAGUCGCCUUACAAAGCAAUACAUAUUUUAAUUAUAUGAAAAUUUGAUAAAUAUAAAGUUCAUUACAUAAAUUAUACAGGUUAGUUAUCAACAAUGGAAGAUGUCAAGGACGUGUACAUUUCUCCGCUGCCGGAAUCUAUAUACGUAAAACCAUUUAGGUUAAAUUACACACAAAAUGGGAAGGAAAAAAAUUGGGACCUGCUUGAGGUUCACGAUAGCGUUGCUAUCGUAGUUUUUAACAUAACUAGGAAAGUUAUGAUCUUCGUUAAGCAGUUCCGACCAGCAAUAUAUUACAAUAGCAUUCACCCAGAUGAUCGGAAAUCAAAAGUAAUAGACACCAAAAAGUAUCCAGCAUCCUUGGGCAUUGCUCUGGAGAUGUGCGCAGGAAUCAUAGACAAGAAUAAGCCAGUUGAACAGAUUGCUAAGGAGGAGGUGCUAGAGGAGUGUGGUUAUGAUGUGCCUUUAGAUAAAUUACACAAAAUUAUCUCUUAUAGAUCUGGUGUAGGAGUUCAAGGUUCCUUACAAACAUUCUUCUAUUGUGAAGUUACUGAUGACAUGAAGACAGAGCAAGGUGGCGGAGUAGACGACGAAAUAAUAGAAGUGAUUGAGAAGACAAUACCGGAAAUAGAAGAAAUGGUGACGUCUCCCGGGCCGAUAUCCAGCCCACCGAGCUGCUUGUUCGCACUUAUGUGGUUCUUGCAUUAUAAAGCACCGAAUUUCGCUAAGUAAAUACAUUUAUGGAGUUAUCUUAUACGUAGAGAAUGGUUAUUUGGUGAUAUGUUUGAGUAUAAUGUAACCUGAGUUGUUAAAUUAUCAGAUUAUAGUAGAACCACAGUAUUACAAUAUUAUUUCCUACAGUAAUGAAACGCCUUUGAUGUCGCGCGAUGCCGCCGCCAGCGUAGGUACUUACGCUGCCACACGAAAAUACGCUAGGGUUGCAACAAAUGGGAAAUAAAACAAUUGUGAUUAUUAAUAUUAUGAUGAAAUCAUUUAUUCAUAUGUACAUUCAAAAUAAUUGCGAUUAUUAAAUCUGAUGUAAUUAUUUGUUCAUAAAUAUAUAAUUACAGAUAUUGCACUGCUAAAUAUUAUUUACGUGGACACUUUAUUUUUGGAUGUUCUUAAUUGUAUAUUAUACCAUUUAACUAAGUAAUGCAUUCGCAUUGGGAUGUACAAUCUGAUUAGAAAAUAAUGAGGACAACAUAAUAUACAUAGCUUUGAUUUUAAUUCAACAGAUACAAUUAAUACAAUCUUUCUGA